GAUUUUGGUGGCUGUUGGGAUCAUCAUUUGCCUUUAGUAGAGUUUGCUUAUAAUAACAGUUAUCAGGCAAGUAUAGAGAUGGCUCCAUAUGAGGCAUUAUAUGGUCGAAAGUGUAGGUCACCGGUUUGUUGGGAUGAAGUUGGAGAAAGAAGGCUUACUAGACCAGAGUUGAUACAAUUAACUUUAGAGAAGGUUCGACAAAUUCGUGAUCGACUUUUGACUGCUCAAAGUCGACAGAGAAGUUAUGCUGACCCUAAGCGUAAAGAUGUAGAAUUUAUGAUUGGUGAUCAUGUAUUUCUGAGAGUUUCCCCUAUGAAAGGAAUCAUGAGAUUUGGGAAGAAAGGGAAGCUUAGCCCUCGUUUUGUUGGUCCAUUUGAAAUUUUGGAGAGAAUUGGAGCAGUUGCUUACCGUUUAGCCCUUCCACCUGGUUUUGCACAUGUACAUCCAGUUUUCCAUAUUUCUAUGCUUAGGAAGUAUGUACCAGAUCCAUCUUAUGUUUUACAACCUCAAACCAUGCAAAUUAGGGAUGAUAUGUCAUAUGAGGAACAACUAGUAAAGAUUUUAGAUCGACAAAUUAGGAAACUCCGGUCUAAGGAAGUAGCUUUGAUCAAAGUCUUGUGGCAUAAUCACUCAAGCAGUGAGGCCACAUGGGAGGCAGAAUCUAAAAUGCGAGCCAAAUAUCCUCACUUAUUUGAU